AAAUAAAACUCAAAAACCCCCCAAGAAAUUAAAAAGAGAUUUUAUUUAAAAAAAAAAACCAAAAAUUGAUUUUUAUACUAUUCUUUUUAUAAAAAUUAAAAAAAAAUUUAUUAUUUUUGCUAUAUUAAAAUUUGAUUUUACCGCUAAACAACAGCGCAUUGGUGCGGUAAAACGGUAAACUGUCAAAAUGUUAACCUAACCUUAAAAACAUUAUUAAAAAAAUAAUAAUAAUAAAAAAACGUAAAAUAAACACGAGACACAAUUAAUUAAUAAUAUUGUAAAUAAAUUUUAAUUAAUUAUUGACUUGUCAUAAAGAAUAUUGUGAAAUUAUGAAUUUUACAAAAAUAAGUUUUUAAUUGCUUUUUUGCUAUUAAUUAAAUUAACAGAAUUAAUUAAAGAAUAUUAAGAAAAAAAUGGACGAAACAGAAGAGUACGUUAUUGAAUAUUAUGAAACUGUUGAAAAUGACGAUAAUACGGCAAAUAAUUUAUCUAAUGUCAAAGUUCAAUCACUUAAAACACCAAAAAUUGAAAAACAAUCACAACUUUACACCUGUUAUGUAAAACAAGAGCCAACGAGCAUUGAUGAUAAUACAAAUUUAAGAUCUCAUUAUGAUAAUACAGAGGAAAAUAUUAAUGAUUCAAGUUCAUCAUUUAUUCAGGAGAAUAUUAAUUCAGAGACAAUUGUUCCUGAAACAAUUGUUCCCGAUUUAGAAAAUAUAUCAUUAGAAACACGAAAACGUGGUAGACCAAAGAAAAAGCCACUUUCAAUUUUAACACCAAUGGAAAUAUCAAAUAUUCAUGAUAAAAAAAAAAAUGACGAAAUAUUGGAAAAUAAUAGUGAACAAUUAUACGCGGGUUUUCUUGGUAGAACAAGAAGAACGACUCGUCAAAAUCAGGAGGAUAAGGAAUGGAGUGACGAAAGUGAUAGCGGAGAAAGUGAUUCAGGAAGAAGAGGAAGAAGAUCUUUUGGUAGUGGGAAAAAUAGAGGAAAAGGUAGAGGAAAAACUAGAGGAACAAUAUUAACAAGAGGAAGACGAAGUCAAAUUGAUGAAAAUGCAGAAGUUACCGUUACUUUUGAAGAGGGCGAUAUCAAUCAAUCAAUAGAAAUUGAAACCGUUCCUUCACCAUCCAUACCACCUAAAGUUUAUCCAAAUGUUAAAUGUGGCAAAUGCCAAGAGGAAUUUUCAAAAAAAGAAUGGAAUCGACAUAAUUUAUUCAAACACAAUGAUACUGGUUGGCUUGAUGGCAAUACACCGGUGGAUCUUUCCGAUGAUAGAUUAUUAAAAAAAUUAUUAACAUUGGCAAUAAAAAAACGAAAGGGACAAUUAACUUGUGAAAAAUGUGGAAUUCAAAAGCGUAGUGCAGUUGGAUUUUUGUCACAUAUUCGAUUUUGUGGCAAAACAGAUACUGAAAAAUUACAGUUAAUGAUUCAAUGUCCAAGAUGUAAUUCAAAAAUAAAACCAACUUCAAUGUAUACUCAUGAAAGAAAUUGUCAAAAAGAAAAAUUAAAUUUAAGUUACGAUUAUCAAAAUGAUUUAGAGGAAAAUUUACAAUGUACAAGUCAGGGAAAAUUGAAACGUAAAGCAGCGCAAAAAGCUGUUUCAAAAAUUUCUGAAUUUAUCAGCGCUCCUGUUUUGCAAAAUGAGAAAAUUAAUCCCAAUACAAUUCAUAAUUACAUUAAGAAACCUCAUUUAAAAAGAAAAAUUGGACGAGCAGUAAGAGAUGCUUUUCAGAAAGAAUUAAAAGAAACGGGAAUAGCGAGAUGUCGACAAAAAUGUAAUUAUUAUGGAGUUACUUUGGAAAUAAUUUGCGAUCAUUAUACGAAAUGUAACUUCCUACCACAAGAAAAUUACGUUUGUAAAGUAUGUAAUAUGCAUUCAAAAAUACAAAAAGAAAUAAAAGAUCACGUAUUGGAAAAACAUUCAACGUUGGAUCGUUUUGAUUUUGAUCCGGAUCAUCAAUUGAAAAAUGAAGAUAGUUCGGAGACAAGUGAAGAUGAAAAUGAAAAUCCCAAGGAAAAAUCAUUGUCUACUCUUCGAUUUAUUCCCGAUAAGCCUGAGGAAAAAUUACGUGCUUUUCGAGCUGUCUUUAUAGAUAGGGAACUAGUGCAAAAUCCAAAAAGUAAUGUUCCUUUUUACGCUGCCUAUCGAUGGACUCUUGAAUUUGAAGUCGAUAAUUAUGAAUUUAAUUUAUUUAAAGAUUUAUUGCCAAAUGAAAUGAAACUUUUGAAUAAUGAGGAAGCCGAGGGAUAUUUACCAAAAUUGAAAAGAUCAAUGGCAAUUAAAUAUUCAAAUGAGGCAAGAAAUGAAUGGAAUUAUUUUCAGAGAUUUGAAGGAAAAGUCAAAAAUGAGAUUCCAAUGUUUUUUGUCGGUGGUCCAAUUUGGGCAUUAUCGUGGCUUCCAAUUCCAUUUAAAUUUUAUUCUCAACAACCAAAUCAGUAUUUAGCAAUUAGUACACAUCCAAAAAUGGAAAGUGAAUAUUUAAUGAGACAAGCGUAUUCGGAAAAAAAUGUAAUACAAAUAUGGAAUUUGAGAAGAUUACAACAAAAUAAUAACGAAUUAACAAUUCCGGAAUUAUCGUAUGCAAUCGCUCACAAUGGUGGUACAAUUUGGUGUAUGGAAUGUUGUCCCUCUGGAUGUUAUCAAAAUCCUGAUUAUGAAAACACUAUUGAUAAUAUAAAAAGAUUGGGAUUAUUGGCAGCAGCAUGUUCCGAUGGAUUUGUUUAUAUUUAUUCGCUACCAUUUCCCGAACAAUUAGAAGCGUCAAAUAGAGAGAAAAUCGAAUAUCCAGUUUAUAAAAUGAAUCCUGUACAAUUAUUAGUUGUAAAUAUUGCAUUAAAUGAAAAGGAAAAGCCAACGUGGCAAUGCACUAAAUUAAGUUGGACAAAAGAGAAAGGACACAACAUAUUAGCUGCCGGAUUUUCAAAUGGCUAUAUCGCCCUCUGGAAUCUUACGACACAAUCUUCAUUUUUAAAAAAGAAACAAGGAAGCACAACAAUUGUGAAUUCAUUUCGUCAUUUUUACGCACAUCAUCAUUCUGUGUCGAUGUUAUCAAUUAUUCCUUAUGGAGGAAAGAGAUUUUUAGCCUCGGCGGGAAUUGAUAGAUAUUAUAAAAUUUGGGAUUUAGAGCAAACAAAUUGUAUGGAAUGUAUGACAACAAGAGGAUUGGCAGUCGAUGGUUCCUGGCUAAAUAAUUGGCCGUGUUCUUUUCUCGGCUAUGACGAUGCUUUAGGUUUAAGUCAUACGAAUUCGCAACUUAUUCCACUGAGGGAACAUUCAUAUAAAUAUUUUCCUAUUUUGGCCACCAAUUCUCCAACAUAUGGAAUUGGUGUAAGUGAUCUUGCAAAUGCAAUUGCUCAAGGAAGUUUGGCAGGCGAAAUUGUCGCAAUUUUUCCCAAUCAAAUUUUAUACAAAGAUAUAGAAAAUUAUCUGAAUAAAAAGCGAUGGCUUUGUUCUUACGUUGAAGUAACGGAUUUCAAAUCUUCGGAAAAUCCUGUUGAGGAUCAAAAUAAAAAAGAUAAGAAAGAAUAUCAUUAUAAACCAUCAACAUACGAUGAAUGUUCAGAACGUUUUGGAAUUACCUUUUCCGAUCAGUUCAAAAUUUUCAGAACGUGUAAAACAAGAAAAUUGACCUAUAAAGUUAUGCCAUCAGAUCAAAUGGAAAAUGUUUCUAUUGAACAAUAUCCAUUUGCAUCAAUAAAUCGCAUUUCAUGGAAUCCAAAUGCAUGGAGUUAUCUUUGGUUUGCUGCCGGUUAUCAAAAUGGAUUUGUUCGGAUUCUUAAUUUUAAUUGUGUGACAAAAACUGAUCCUAUUGAUAAAAUAUUGCCACGAUUUGUUGAGAAAUUUUCACAAAGUGAAAGAAGAGAUAAUGAUGAUAAUAAUUCGAGACAUGAGGAAAAUAAUGAAAAUUAUCAGGAACAAGAAGAAGAAGACAGUAAUUUUCAGGAAUAAAUAUUUGUCAAUUAAUAAAAAUUUUAUAAUUGUCAGUGACAAAAAAUUGAGAAAUUUCAACAAAAAAAAAUAGUUGUGAAUUUUUAAACUGUAUAUUGAUUAAUUAAUUACUUUUUCAUAAUUAAGAAUCAUUUAUAUAUCUAAAUGGAAAUAAAUAUCUUUUCUAUUUAAUGAAUAUUAUUUUUUAAAAAAUUAUCUUUUAAGGAAUAAAAUAAAAUUUUUAAUAUUUUAAGUGUA